GCUCGGCUGAGGACUGAGGCAGUUUCUCGCGGUUCCGUGUGCCGUGCUGUAACCCGCUGUCGGGAGCUGCGAGGAGAGCGGGGCGAGCUCGGAAUCCGCGCCAUGGAUGCAGUGACCUAUGAGGAUGUACAUGUGAACUUCACUCAUGAAGAGUGGGCUUUGCUGGAUCCUUCCCAGAAGAAUCUUUACAAAGAUGUGAUGCUGGAGACCUACUGGAACCUUACUUGUAUAGGCUAUAAAUGGGAGGACCACAAGAUUGAAGAACAUUGUCAAAGUUCUACAAGAUAUGGAAAUUAUAUAAACUGUCCCUCUGGAUACAAGCCUCAUUAUCCUAUGGUCAAUGGAAAGAAGCAGUUUUAUCUUCAAAGGCAUGAAAAGAGUCGUACUGAAGAGAAAUCCUAUGAAUGUAAUCAAUGUGAUAAAGUCUUUGUAUAUCAAAGUCAGUUUCACAACCGUGAAAGAAAUUAUACAACAGAGGCACCCUAUGAAUGUAAUCAGUAUAGUAAAGCCUUUUCAUAUAACAGUGAUCUUCAAAUCCAUGAACGAAUUUAUACUAGAGAAAAACAGUUUAAAUGUAAUCAAUGUGGUAAAGCCUUUGCAUAUCUCGGUGAUCUUCAAAGGCAUGAAAGAGUUCAUACUGGAGAGAAACCCUAUAAAUGUGACAAAUGUGGUAAAUCCUUUGCAUGUCCCAGUAAUCUGAAAAGGCAUGAAAGAAUUCAUACUGUUGAGAAAACUUAUGAAUGUAAUCAGUGUGGUAAAGCCUUUACAUGUGGGAGUACUCUUCAGAUACACAAAAGAAUGCAUAUUGGAGAGAAACCCUAUGAGUGCAAUCAGUGUGGUAAAACCUUUGCAUAUAAAAGUCAGUUUCACAACCAUGAAAGAAUUCAUACAGGAGCGGUACCAUAUAAAUGUAAUCAAUGUGGUAAAGCCUUUAUGUGUAACAGCCAUCUUCAAAUGCAUGAAAGAAUUCAUACUGGAGAGAAACCCUAUAAAUGUAAUCACUGUUGUAAAGCCUUUUCAUGGAAGAAUAAUCUUCAAAUCCAUGAAAGAAUUCAUACAGGAGAGAAACCCUAUGAAUGUAAUCAAUGUGGUAAAGCCUUUUCACAUAACAGUCAUCUCCAAAGUCAUGAAAGAAUUCAUACUGGAGAAAAGCCCUAUAAAUGUAAUCAAUGUGGUAAAGCCUUUGUAUAUAAAGGUCAGUUCCACAACCAUGAAAGAAUUCAUACAGGAGAGGUACCAUAUAAAUGUAAUCAGUGUGGUAAAGCCUUUUCAUAUUGUAGUGAUCUUCAAAGGCAUGAAAGAAUUCAUACUGGAGAGAAACCCUAUAAAUGUAAUCAGUGUGGUAAAGCAUUUGCAUAUCAUAGUGAUCUUCAAAUGCAUGAAAGAAUUCAUACCGGAGAGAAACCCUAUGGAUGUAAUCAAUGUGGUAAAGCCUUUGCAUGCCCCAGUAAUCUGAAAAGGCAUGAAAGAAUUCACACUGGAGAGAAACCCUAUCAAUGUAAUCAGUGUGGUAAAGCCUUUGUACGUAACAGUGAUCUUCAAAGGCAUGAAAGAAUUCAUAGUGGAGAAAAACAGUUUAAGUGUAAUCAGUGUGGAAAAGUCUUUGCAUAUAUUAACAGUCUUCACAUGCAUGAGAGAUAUCAUAUUGGAGAGAAAAGGUAUGGAUGUCAUCAGUGUGGUAAAGCCUUUGUAUGUCCCAGUUAUCUUCAAAUACAUGAAAGAAUUAAUACUUCAGAGAAACCCUUUGAAUGUAAUCAGUGUAGUAAAGCCUUUGCUUAUAAAAGUCAUCUUCACAGGCAUGAAAGGAUUCAUACUGGAGAGAAACCCUAUGGAUGUAAUAAAUGUGGUAAAGCCUUUGCAUGUAACAGUUAUCUUCAAAUGCAUGAAAGAAGUCAUACCGGAGAGAAACCCUAUGAAUGUAAUCAGUGUGGGAAAGCCUUUGCACGUAAUAGUCAUCUUCACAGACAUGAAAGAAGUCACACGGGAGAGAAACCCUAUGAAUGUAAUCAGUGUGGUAAAGCGUUUGGGUGUAACAGUAAUCUUCAAAGGCAUGAAAGAAGUCACACUGGAGAGAAACCCUAUGGACGUAAACAAUGUGAUAAAGCCUUUGCACAGAAUAGUAAACCUCAAAGGCAUGAAAGAAGUCAUAGUGGAGAAAAACCCUAUGGACGUAAACAAUGUGAUAAAGCCUUUGUACAGAACAGUUGUCUUCACAGUCAUGAAAGAAGUCUUACUGGACAAAAACCCUAUGAAUAUAAUCAAAUUGGUAAAGCCUUUGCACGGAACAGCCAUUUUUUCCAUCAUGGAAGAAGUCAUAUUAGAGAAAAAUCCUAUGGAUGUAGGCAAUGUGGUAAAGCCUUUGGACGUAACAGUAAUCUUCAAAGGCAUGAAAGAAGUCAUACUGGAGAGAAACCUUAUGAAUGUAAUCAGUGUGGUAAAGCCUUUUCACAGAGCAGCCAUCUUCAUAGGCAUGAAAGAAGUCAUACUGGGGAGAAACCCUAUGAAUGUAGUCAAUGUUGUAAAGCCUUUGCUUGUAAAAGUGAUCUUCACAGGCAUGAAAGAAGACACACUGGAGAGAAACACUAUGGGUGUAAUCAAUGUGGUAGAGCCUUUUUACAGAACAGUCAUCUUCACAGGCAUGAAAGAAGUCAUACUGGACAAAAACCUUAUGAAUGUAAUCACCGUGAUAAAGCUUUUGUGUGUUUUAGCAACCUUCAAAAGCAUGACCGAAUUCACACUGGUAAAAAGCCCCAUGAACCUGAAUGAAUAAGGUAAAGUCUUGAAUUCCACAUACAUUUUUUUUCACUGAGCUAUCUCACUGGGAUUUGAGUAAGAUUAGUAGAAAAUAUUGUCUACUUUACAAACUUUAAACAUAUUGUCAUACAGGAAUACAGGAACAUAGAACAACUUAAAUAGUACAACUUAUUUCCAACUGAAACUGAUACUGAUUUGUCAUUAUUUUUUAGAUUAUGUUACUUUAUCCUGAAGACUAAAUGCUCAUUCUUAACGUUUCUCAGAAAUACAGAUGAAUGCCAGAGAAUUGUUUCAAGAAGUAAAGGUAGUUCCUCCUGAGGUUGAUGACCUGAGUUCAUUCUCUGGGAGACAAAUAUUACUCAUUCAGGUUUUUCUCUGGUUAGUCCUCAUGGAUUGUUUGUACACCCACACACCAGCAUUUACAUCAAUAUUUUUGAGAUGGAAAUAAUGGCCAGUGAAUUCUCUCAGUAGUUUAGGACACUUGCUGCUAAACUUGACUAGCUUGUUUUUUUCUGGGUACUCACAUAGAAGAACUCUAUAAUAGAUACCUGUCAAUUGUCCUGAUACUGGCACAUGUCCACCAGGUAGUACGUAUGUUUAUAUACAUUUAAAAAUUUUUGUUUGUUUUUGGUUUAUUUGACACAGGGUUUCUCUGUGGAGCCUUGACUGUCCCAGAACUCACUCUGUAGACCAGCCUGGUCUCAAACUCAGAGAUCUGUCUGCUUGUGCCUCUGCUUCCUGGGUACUGGGAUUCAAGGCUUGCUCCACCACCACCUUGCCAGUUAAAAAACUUUAAAGAGGUAAAAUUUACAAAGCAAUUAACCAAAAUAUUAAGAACAUGGGGAAUAAUUUACCAGUUGAAAUUAAUACAUUGAAAAUUUCCAAGAAGUGUUACUGUUCAUCAAAACAUGAUGGUUCCUGUUUUGAUCUUACCUUAUUUUUUCAUUGCCUUAUUCAAAGACAAGUUAUUAAAAAUAAAAUCUCACUUGGUCAUAGUGUUGCUUACUUGUAAUCCCAGUACUUGUGAGACACAGGCAUGUGGAUCUCUCGAUGUUUAAGGCCAACCUGGUCCACAUAGUGAGUUUUGGGAUGGCCAUAACUAUUUAGAGAAAUUCUGUCUUAAAAAUCCAAAAAGGGAGUUUGUAAAGAUGAUUGCUUUUUCAAAGAACUAAGGUUUAAUUCCCAGCACAUACAUGGAAAUUCACAACUGUUUGUAAGUCAAGUUUCAUGGUAUCCAACACCCUCACACAGAUAUACAGGCAAAAGUUAUGCAUGUAAAAUAAAAAUCAUUUAAAAAAGCAUAUAUCACAUUAUGAGACUUUACUUAACAUAAUUUGGACUCAUGUUUACACAAGUAAAAGUCCUUGCCUACAUCUAGAGAACUGUGUUAACAAUUAUAAUAAGAACCAAUGUGCAGUGUCCAUUCAGAAAUCCUGUUCAAUCCUUCAAUGCCCAAACAGCAACAAUGUUCAUCACCUAUUAAGUGAUAGAAGGCAGAAUGAGGAAAGGGGCAUCUUCAUUUUCUGUAUUAUAAUGGCAUCUUUGGGAGCUGGAGAUUUGACUCCAUAGUACUUCUGCUGUUGGGUAGCCAAGGUUGGUUCUUAGCACCCACAUCAGAUGGCACAAAACUACCUAUAAAUCCUGGUCCAGGACACCUGAUGAACUUUUCUGCCUUUUCUGGGCACCUGGUAUUCUUAUGGUGUAAAGACAGAGGUAUAUGUGGUGUGUGUGUGUGUGUGAGAUAUGUAUGUAUGUAUGUAUGGUACUCUAUUUUAUAUAUAUAAUGUAUGCUGUAUAAAUAGGGUAUUUUAAAAGUUGCUUUCUUCAUGUAUAUUUUGUUACUUUUUAAUUAACAUUAAAUAAAUUUAAUGUAUAUUGUCAGAACACUGUCUUGGAAUGGAAUCCUAUGAAGAGAGUUCUGAGUGCUUAUGUGAAUGCUCAAAAAAACAAGACUAUCAUGACCUAGAUUUCUUCAAAUCCCAGUAUUGCUUUUAGAAUGUGUUUUGGGGUUUCUCUCAAUAACCAGUUAGAAGUGAGUUUCUUUUCCUAUUACUCACUAUUGUUCAUUGUUAUUAAGUUAAAAUUUUAAACUACCUUUAUAUACUUCUGUGGAAAAACAUUGUUUUUCUGACUGUAUCCAGCUUGAGCACAUAAGAACUUUACUCAUUUGAUUUUUUCCCAAACAUCAAAGUACAAAUUGCCUGGGUCUCUGAAUAAAGUUGGCUAUUACAUAGACUCAUUAGACUUCAGUCUUCCUAAUCUGUCGGCUCCAUUCUCCCAGAUCCCACUAUCUAGUACAAUGAUAAGUGGCCCUUGAACAGGGACCAGAGGUCGUGUAGAAUGUGAGACAGUGAGGACCCUCAGAGAAGUGGGUAAUUGAAAAUAAUGGGGCAGACCUUGGGAAGGCUUUUGCCUUAUGUUGAGCUAGUACAAGGAACACAAGUCUUAAAACCACAACUAGUAGAUUACUUGCAAAUUGUUUUUAACUCCUGAUUUCCAGAAGAUGGAACAUAGGUCAAGAAGUAUGAGACAGAGUCCAAAAGGAUAUUGAAAAGGUAUAAAAAUUAAAGGGAAAGACCCCUGUUCAAUUUUGGAUCACUUGGUCAUCAACUUGGACUGUUAUCAAAAUAAUUAAGGAAAUUAAGGAGCAUAUUAAUCAUGAGGAAGUAAAGAUGAAUUCCUUAAAUGAAUAUAAACUUUAUGAUCAAACUUUAAAAUUGGCAAAAGAAGCA